CUCCAAAAUGUCCAAUUCUCUCCUCUUCCUAUGCCUCCCAAUCAAAUCUUCGCUUCCUUCUUCCUUCCAUUGACGACAUAAUUCCACAUUGCAGCAAAGGACAAUAUGAUUCAUGAGGUGAAUGGAAGUAGAAGAGCGAAGGGCGGAAAGAGGCGUGGUUGAAGAAUUGGAGUGAGAAUGGGGUAUAGAGCAACAAAAGAAUGAACCAAGAGGUACAUAUGAUCUGGGAGGGGCGCGGAUCAGAGAAAUCAAUCGGCACGCAGGACCCUAAUCGAGCUGAGCAAGGCGAGGGCUGUAUGAUUCAUACGUGAUGGCGUGUUCUGAAGAGGCUUCGUACCGGUGGCGUGUAUCACCAACAACGAUGACCUGGAAACAUGGAAAAGGUGAGAGAAAUGGUGAAAGGAUAGCAGGACAGAGUAAAGACAUGCAAUUGCAAAAUUUUGAAUACGGCUACAAAAGGAAGACAUGGGCUUCUGCUGUGAGUGAGGGAGAAGGUAAGGUUCUGUCGUGGCAGGGAACGACUUGGGUGGAAAAUUUGUUCUCCGAAGCUCUCUCGCCAAUCCCACAAGAGUGACGGGAACUCUUUUAGACUCAACUCACAAGACGCCAAAAAGUGAAACAGUAGUAGAGAAAUUGGGCCAAUAAAGCGUACCCACUUUUUAUAUACGGCUGCAAAAGGAAGGCAUGGGCUUCUGCUGCGAGUGAGGGAGAAGGUAAGGUUCUGUCGUGGCAGGGAACGACUUGGGUGGAAAAGUUGUUCUUCGAAGCUCUCUCGCCAAUCCCACAAGAGUGAUUGGAACUCUUUCAGACCCAACCCACAAGACGCCAAAAAGUAAAAUAGUAGUAGAGAAAUUGGGCCAAUAAAGCGUACCCACUCUUUAUAUUUUAAAGAAUUUCGUCCUUGAUGCGAUUGCAGCAAUGCAUCUCGUCAAUCUUAAUACAGAUAUUUCAGUCAAUUAUACAGUUUUGGGGAAUGUAUAUGCUGCAGCUGGCCUAUGGCACAAGAAUUGCAAGAUCAGAAACUUGAUGAGCCAUAGAAGUUGAAGAAGACUCCAGGUUACAGCAGUAUAGAUUCUCCAAGGAGCAUUUACCUUACAUAACCAAGUUGAGGAGGCAAACCUGGAUGUUGCUGCCAAAACCUGUUUGUUACUCUUGUGGAAAAAGUAAGUAAGCCUGUUAGAUACAAGUACACUUGAUCGCGUGAUAUAGACUAAGUCUAGUCUAAUGCAUUACUUCUUUCAUAUGUGUACAUUUUAUUGAGGUCCCUUGCGUUUAUUGUUCUUUCUUUUGAACGUGCAACUUCCAUAGAGACAAAUACGAGAUUUCAAAUAUGUGUUCCAGGAAGUGGGAAUGUCAUAUUUUUGUGGUGGUUAAUAUCUAAUUUUUAGGAGUAAUCGUUUGCUUUUAAAUAAGAGUUUGAAUGAAAGAUUAUUUGCUUUUGACGUGUCCACUUGAAUUGAGCUGGUUGAUGUCAAAUGUUAUGGCCCUCAGAGAUGCUAGAAGGCUGUUCACAAUAGGUGAGACAAUGCCCUUUGCCUGCAUCUCUAGAAGCGAGUAAAGAGGAAGGAGUUGACAUAUUCUAAACCAAAACUAAGUUCUUUUAUUCUGCUUAACUACUACUAAGAUUUAUCAAUCUAAAUCAAAGUGUUUAAAGAAACGCUUUCAUUCAUCUUUAAUUCGUUGAAAUCUCAACUUGGGGACAAUAUGGUCACCAAGAUGGUUUGCUAUCUAAUUUAGGGACUAUUAGAUGAAUGAAAUUUUAUGUUGAUGAAUCUCAAACUCUUGACUGCUUUGUGUGGGAAUUUACUAACAUACAGUGUAGUGAUGGGAUUUUGUGUUAUUCUCCACUAUACGUAAGUUUCAUGACUUUACUUUUUAACAUCCUGGAUUAUUCUUUACCAAUUUCUUGACCUUUCUGCACAUUGAUCUUAUACUUCCUCUGAAAAAAGUGAUGAUACAACUCAUCUUUUUCCUUCUUCAGUAACUAAUUCUUGUUACCAACUCACUUUCUAGAGGAACAUAGAACGCCCCGCUCUCUCUCCUCUUUUUUCCUCUCUGCCUUCUCUCUAGAGGCUUUCUAUUCUGACGAGCUCGGAGGCUGCUGCCGGCGACAGCCCUCCGCCUCUCCGUUUUCAUGAUUUUCCCACUGUUUUGCAUGCUUUUCUUCCUUUCUUUUCGGUGUUUGUUCCUUUCAAGUCGUUUUGGCUUUGUUUCUGUCAAUGAAAUUGCUUGUCUAUCCCUUUGAUGGGUUCCUUUCCUCCCCCUUGGGUGGGUCGAUUUUUUGCCCUCCAAUCUGUUUGCUAAGAUCUGGAGAUGAUGAUCCUUGCUAAGAUGCGAUGGAAGCCAGAUCAACUCCAAAUCUAGCUUGUCUGCUGAUUUCCUCUCUUUCGUCUACCUCCUUGUCUCACCUUGCAGAUCUAGGUGUUUCGGAAAUGCAGCCCUUGGCAUCGGACUCGGAGUGGAGAGCUUGAAGACAGAAGUCAUUGUCCCUCUAGUUCAUCCGUCGUCGAUUGGUGCCGACCCACUUGUUUUUCGGGCCUUUUUUGUUUUAGUCUUAAGAUAUGGUUGUAUUUUCUGUUUGUACUUUUCAAAUUAGGCUUGGCCCGAUCGCAAUCUUAAUGAACAACUCUUUAAAAAAACUCAUUCUUGUUACGGCCAAGUGCUUUAAUUUAGUUUGUUAAAUUGAGGUAUCAAGAGAAGAAAUAUGAUGGUGAUACAAUGAUAUUUUAUGAUCUUUUCUUUUGUACUAAUAUCUGAAAGAUGUAUGGAGAAGUAAAAAAUCUACUUACAUUUUACUACACUACAUUAUGGCAAUGAAAUAGAACUAGACAU